AUGACUUCAUCAAUUUUCCAUUUAUUCUUAAUAUUUUUCCUUUUUCUUUCUUUUUCCUUUCUUUCUUUUUCACUUUUUCGUUUAUUUCUUUUUCUUUCUUUUUCUUUCUUUCUUCAUUCAUUUUUCUUCUUUUCCACUUAUAUUUUCUCUGUCUUUAUUUCGUUCUUUUUUUUUCUUUUUCUUUCUUUUUCUUUUCCGCUUUUCCUUCGUUUUUUUCCUAAUUUGUAUUUCUCUCUUUCUUUUCUGCUCCUUUACUUUUUUCUCCCUUUCUUUUUUUCAUUUCAUUUUUUUUUCUGUUUUCUUCCAUGUAUUUUCAGUUUUUCUUUCUUCAUUUCUAUCUGUUGCAUAAUUCUUUUUCUUCUUCAUUUGCCACUUUCGUUCAUUCUAAAUUAUUUUUUUUCAACUUGGUUUCUCACUAUCUUGUAUUUCUUUCUUUCUUUCUUUCUUUCUUUCUUUCUUUAG